CCGGCCGCCGGCGCCGCCAUGGCGGGCAACCGCAUGCAGAAGAUAGGGAGCGUGUUCAGCCGGACCCGGAACCUGCUCCGCAUCGGGGUGAUCGAGAAGCCGCUGUGGUUCGAUGUCUACGCUGCCUUCCCCCCGCUGAGGGAGCCCGUCUACCGGCUGCCGCGGCCGCGCUACGGCAAGGUGAAGGAUGUCAUCCCUCCCAUCUUCUACCAGGAGGACGAAGUGCGAGCGAGAUUUUACAGAGUUUAUGGCAGCGGUCCAAGACCUUUCGAUCUGUCGCAAUCAAACUACAUAUCUACUUGCCAGAGGUUUGUUGAGAAAUUCAAUGAACUGAAAGAAGAAGGAAAAAUUGAAGAGGAAAAAUUGUUUGAAGAAACAGGAAAAGCCCUUUUAGCCAGUGGUAUAAUUUUACAGAGAAGAGGAACAGAUAAAGUAGCGCAACAGGAUUGUCAUCAGGGUGUUGAAACCAGGGAUUCUGUAUUACACCUGCAGCUUCAAACUGUGUUGGAAGAGAUACAGGAAAAGAAGAAAGAUCAGGAGGAGCAGACGCCAGAGUUGACGGAAACGCAGAAGGAAAAUCCCUUACCCUCCUAAUAGCCAUGCCGUUGUCCUGUCAUGCUCAGCUGCAGGAUGUGCCCUGUCUGGGGCAAUCGCCUGCUCAGGAGCCAGCAUUUCUGCCUCCACAAUCUCAUGGUUAGGAGAUAUUUUCUUAGGUGGAAUAUGCCUCAGUUAUCUGUCUCUAGUGUCUUCCGCCAUCAUGCGUGGGGCACACGUUCUUCCAUCAGCCCAUUUGUACAAUUGGAGAUAAUCCCCUUUUGAGGUUCAAGAAUGUUACCUCAAAUCAUGAGUUGGAAAAUACAAGUAUAAAAGUGGGAAAAUUAAACAUUUUCUUUAAAAAUUGGAAGUUCAGUCUCUUCAGGUGUCUCAUUUCCAGUAGUAAAGAUGUUUCUUAACUUCUUGCAGUUGACGGUGCAGGCCUCGUGGCAGUCCUGCUGUUGAAAUGGCAGAUAGUGCUUGCCUGACGUGUUGUUACAGCUAAUUGAGGAGAGUUGCUAUUUAUAUAAGCGUAAUAAUACGCUCUUCUUAGUCCAUCAUUUGCUUAGAUUCAGAAUAGGAUAAAGCGUAACAAUACCAAAUAAUUUGGACCUUUGCAGUUUUUUAGUGACUCUUCAUGAAAUUGGUCACCUCAGCAGUGUGAAGGUUGCGAUGUCAUAGCUGUUUGCUGAACAGAAAGUUCAGUGCUGCUACAGAAAUAGUCACAGAAACUUUGACAUAGGACCGGGUAAGGAAAUAACAGUCGAUCUUCCGAGGAUUUGGAGCUGACUAGAAUUUCAUUCUUCCCAUGCCUGCAAACGCCAGUGCCUGGCUUAUUUUUUA